AUGACAACCCACCACAUCGUAUACCUCCAGGCUGACUUCAUCAACGUCCCCGAGUAUGACCUCGCGGCGCCCCAUACCUACACGCAGGCGGUGCAUCCGCAGACCUCGCUGGCCGAUCUGCACGCGCGCAUCCACGACGCCACGAUCCUGGUAUUCUCGAGACUGCAAGUAGAUGCGAUCGCUCUCUCGCCCGAGGUGACGCCGCAUCUGAAAUUAAUUGUCGUCGUGGCCACGGGCACAGACUGCGUGGACCUGGAGGCGUGCAAGAAACGAGGCAUUACUGUGAGCAACUGUCCGUCGGCGAACUUCGAAGCCGUGUCGGAGCAUGCCAUCGGGAUGUAUUUUGCUACGAGGCGCAAGAUGCUGCCUUUGCAUUCGUUAACUCGCGAUGGGGAGUGGCCGCAGCAGAAGACGCUCAUGUAUCAGGCGCUGGAUCGCGACGGGGCGCCGCCGUUGACGUGUCAGGAGGAAGUCGUGGGUCUGAUUGGCAAUGGAACGGGAAAAAAACUCGCCGAGCUGGCACGAGGCCUGGGCAUGAAAGUCCUGAUAUCCGGGCGCAAGGAUUCCUCCGAGUCCUCGGUCAAUGGCGUUGGUGGCAAUGGAGUAUAUAGAACUCCUUUUGAAUCGGUGAUCCAGCAGAGCACCGUGAUCUUUCUCGCGGUCCCACUCAUCGAUUCGACGCGAGAUCUCAUCUCGACAAAAGAAUUCGAAGCCAUGUCGCAUCGCACGUUGGUCAUCAACGUUUCCCGCGGCGGCGUGGUCAAUGAAGAAGCCCUGGUCAAGGCCUUAAAGGAGGGACAGAUUGCAGGUGCUGCGACCGAUGUUUUCAGCGAGGAACCGGCAGGGCCCAAUAAUUCGCCCCUUCUGAGGCCCGACAGCCAGAAACUGAACCUGCUGGUGACGCCGCACCUGGCGUGGCUGGCGCAGAAGACGGUCGAUAAUCAGUCGCGAAUGCUCCAGGAGGCCCUGGAAGGAUGGGUCUCAGGGGCGCGCUGCAAUGUGGUGCUAUAA